AUGGCGAACGUAGCAGUUAUGGCUACCACCACUAACCACACCAGCAGCAGCAGCCGCUGGAACAUGUCUUCUCUCCGCUCCGCCUUACCUUCCAUCACUCCUCCUUCCGCUUCAUUGGUGCGCUUCACCGCAUUUCCUCCUCAUUCUCCACCAACACUCCGAAUUUCGAAAAUCAAACCUUCAUCCUCACUUCCUCCAUUCACCGGACUUCGUACUCGCCCUCUCUUCGGUCCUGCUUCCUCAGAAUUUAGUGGCUUUGAUCAAGGUUUCAUCGUGAUUGGCAACGGUGGUCGAGUCUAUGCUAUGAGACAUGGAAGGAAAGUGCCAAAACUCAACAGGCCCCCGGAUCAGCGUAAGGCACUCAUUCGAGGCCUAACAACUCAACUCCUUAAAUAUGGUCGCAUCAAGACCACCAGAGCAAGAGCUAGUGCAAUUAGGAAAUAUGUCGAUAAAAUGAUCACUCUCGCAAAAGAUGGUUCUCUUCAUAAAAGGAGACAAGCCCUUGGGUUCAUCUAUGAGAAGCAGAUUGUUCAUGCUUUAUUUGCAGAGGUUCCAGAACGUUACGGCGAAAGAAAUGGUGGUUAUACAAGAAUCAUAAGAACCCUACCAAGGCGGGGUGAUAAUGCACCUAUGGCAUACAUCGAACUUGUGUAA